AUGGACCGGCGCAGCAGCCCGGGGUCGGCAGGGUCGGGCGCGAGCGGCGCGCGCUCCGCAGGCAUCAGUCGCCUCGCGCCCAUGUCCGUCAACCUCCAAAUCAAGAUGGUGGCAGGCUCCGGGGCUGUGUUCCAAGUGGACAUCGACAAGGAGGCCACGGUGGAUGAGCUCAAGGCGCAGAUCGCCCCACGGGUGGCCUUGCCCAAGGACCACAUCCGGCUGGUCUGCGCGGGCCGCAUUUGGCAGGACACUGCCACGAUCGGCUCCUACGAUCCGCAGCCGGCCGCGACGGUCCACUGCCUCAACAACCCACCGCGCGCCGCGGUGCCCGCGGGAGAGCAGACUCUCCCCACGACCCCGGCGAAUCCGCUGCAGGGGCUGAUGGGCGCGGGCGCCGGUGCGGGCGCAAACUCCGGAGACCCGAUGGCGCAGAUGAUGGCGCAGUCGCAGGCGGCCAUGGCGCAGAAUCCGGAGAUGCUGCAGCAGCUCAUGGACUCCCCCAUGGUCCAGCAGAUGAUGAGCAACCCAGAGAUGAUGCGCAUGAUGAUGCGCAUGAACCCCCAGAUGAACGAGCUCAUGGAGAGGCAGCCCGAGAUUGCCCGCAUGCUGGAGGACCCCGAGGUGCUGCGCCAGUCCAUGCAGAUGCUCCGCAACCCCUCGCUGAUGCGGGAGGCCCAGCGCAACGCCGACCUCUCCAUGGGCCGGCUGGACGUCAUGCCGGGCGGCCAGCAGGCCCUGAUGCGGGCGCACGAGGACGUGGUGAACCCGCUGAUGGACGCGCUCUCGGGCUCCGGGGCCAAUGGGGCCGCUCUCAACAUUCCGGAGUACACGCAGCAAGCGCAGGGGGCGCCCAACACCGCGGCCCUCCCGAACGCCUGGGGCGGCGGGGCGCCCGCGCCGGCGCCCGCGCCGGCGCCCGCCGCAGCGCCCGCGCCGGCGGCGGCACCGCUCGCGGCGGCGCCGUUCGCGCCGCCAGCCGCCCCUGGGGGAGGCGCGGCAGCAAACCCCAUGGGCAGCAUGAUGCAGCAGAUGAUGGCCAACCCGGAGAUGAUGCGCCAGUCCAUGCAGAUGGCGCAGCAGAUGUUUGGAGGAGGCGGCGCCCCCGGAGCCGCCGGAGGCCUCGCGGCGCCCGCGGCCGGGGCGCCGCAGCCCGCAGCGCCGGUGGCGCCCACCGCCCCUCCGCCGAACCCGCUCGCGGCGAUGAUGAUGGGCAUGCCGCCGGCGGGGGGCGCGCCCGACGCUGGUGCCGCCGGCGGUGCCGCGCCGAACUUCCAACAGCAGAUGAUGCAGCAGAUGAUGUCCAACCCUCAAAUGAUGCAGGCAGCGAUGCAGAUGGCCCAGGGGAUGAUGGCGGGCAACAACCCGGCCCAGGGCGGCGCGAUGGGCGGCGGGAUGGGCGCCGCGAACCCCAUGGCCCCCAACCCCAUGGCGGCCAUGAUGCAGCAGAUGAUGGCGGGCGGCGCAAUGGGCGGUGCGAACCCCAUGGCGCCCGCCGGCAACGCCGCGGGCGACGCCGCGGACGCUCCAGUCCCGGCGGGAGCGGAGCUGAACCCUAUGGUGCGCGUCCGGUUCGCUUCGCAGCUGUCGCAGCUGUCGGCCAUGGGCUUCUGCAACGAGCCGGCGUGCCUGCGCGCGCUGCUGCAGCACCAAGGCCGGGUGGACGCCGCCAUCGACACGCUCCUCUCGUCCCCCGACGGCGGCGCGUGA